UGUCACAAUCUGACCUGUGGGUAUUAAUCUGGCCACAGCUGUCCACAGACCAGACGGCAGGGUCAAGAGGACCAGUACAGUAAAGAUGUGGAGGAGAAUCGACCAUCAACCCAAGAUCAAAGCAGGGAAUGGACCUCAGGCGAGCCAGCUCAAAGCUUUGGGUUCAGCUCGGGAACUUGCCAUGCCAAACCCUCUAGAGCUGUCAGCAUUCCAGAGCUUCCCAGUGUUUGAGGACAUUAGCCAUCACAUCAAAGAAGUGGGAGGCCAGCUAGUAAAGAAAGUCAAUGCCAUCUUCCAGCUGGACAUCACCAAAGAUGGUAAGAUCAUUCUGCAGUGGACCAUUGACCUGAAGAGUGGCUCUGGGGACAUGUAUCCAGGAUCUUCUAGGCUUCCAGCAGACACUGUCUUCACUAUUCCAGAGAAUGUCUUUAUGGAGUUAGUUUUGGGCAAAAUGAAUCCGCAGAAGGCUUUCCUGGCUGGCAAGUUCAAAGUGAGUGGCAAGGUUCUGCUUGGCCAGAAGCUGGAGAGAGUUUUCAAGGACUGGGCUAAAAUUUAAGCAUGGAAAAAUACCAAGGAAAAGAUCAAAAAUUCUCUCUGGUUAUAAUGUCAAGUGGAAAUCAUGCUUAAACUGAAGAUUAAAGUAAAAAGUAUCCAAUAUUUUUACUCAAA